UUGGUCUUUAGAUUCGAGGCCUUUGGCAGGCCUGUCAGGAAUAUGAAAAAGUUCGAGGAGGGUGUUUUCAGUGACCUCCGGAACUUGAAGCCUGGUGUUGACGCAUGCCUUGAAGAACCCAAGUCGCCAUUUUUGGAUCUCUUGUUCAAAUACCAAUGUAUCCGUACGCAAAAAAAACAGAAGGUGUUUUAUUGGUUCUCCGUUCCUCAUGACCGACUUUUCCUAGAUGCUCUUGAACGUGAUUUGAAGCGUGAGAAAAUUGGCCUAGAGCCUACCACAGUUGUUACCGGAGAACCCGCCCUGUCCUUCACGUACGACCCUAAAAGGAGC